ACCAUAAAAUUUUUCGUCUAAAAACAUGAGUCGAGGCCGCCCCCGGAGCAUCUCCGUGAUUAGGGCGUGCGGAUCAAAAUCUGGAUAGGAAACUGCACAGAUACAUCAUAUCACAUGGCCUGUCUUCUCCUCUGCCUUCCUCUCCUUCCCUUAGCUUCUAUAAUAUAGGAGUAGCCAGUAGAGUCACUUGCGUUUGCUAAAUUUUUACCUUUUAUCCAUGAGCAGUCAAGCACAAAACCACGAGUUUCAAGAAUGGUGGAACAAGCAACGCGGCUUUCUCGACAAACCUGAUAGCACCGCCUUCUUAACCGUCGAGAUCCGCAACCCUACCUCGGAUCCAACCGUCGAUAAAGGACACACUCGUAGUGCUCGCCAGCUGUCCUGGCUUUGGCUCCUCAAAUUCCAACAACUCGCAACCUCCCUCGCGUGGCUAACCAAUGGCUCAGUUUCCCUUCUCCGAACAGCCAAUCGCAGGAUCGCGACGAACAAAACAGACUCGCCAUCCGAUUCCUCGGCCUCGUCACGGCGGCUUUACAGGAUCAUAAAAUUGUUUUUAUUUCUGGUGAUUUUGUUGUUGUGUUUCGAGUUAGUUGCUUAUUUCAAGGGAUGGCAUUUCAGCCCCCCGUCGGUGGAGUCGGCGGAGGCUGCCGUGGAGAGAGUCUAUGCCAAGUGGUUGGAAAUAAGAGCUAGUUACUUGGCGCCCCCGCUGCAGAGCUUGACAAAUGUGUGUAUUAUCUUGUUUUUGAUACAGUCGGUGGAUCGUGUUGUGUUGAUGCUAGGGUGUUUUUGGAUCAAGUUUUGGAAACUGCGGCCGGUGGCGGCGGUGGAGUAUGAUGGUAGUGAGAGCGUGGAGGAUUAUCCUAUGGUCUUGGUGCAGAUUCCAAUGUGCAAUGAAAGGGAGGUUUACCAACAAUCUAUUGCAGCAUGCUGUGUCCAGGACUGGCCAAAGGAGAGAAUGCUUAUACAGGUUUUGGAUGAUUCUGAUGAAUUAGAUGCUCAACUCCUCAUCAAGGCAGAAGUACAGAAAUGGCAACAAAGGGGUGUGCAUAUAUUGUAUAGGCAUCGUCUCAUACGCACAGGCUACAAGGCAGGAAACCUGAAAUCUGCAAUGAGCUGUGAUUAUGUAAAAGAUUACGAGUUCGUGGCAAUAUUCGAUGCAGAUUUUCAGCCAGGACCUGAUUUCUUGAAGAAAACUAUCCCUCACUUCAAGGGGAAGGAUGACCUAGCAUUGGUCCAGACAAGGUGGGCGUUUGUAAACAAGGAUGAGAACUUGCUCACAAGACUGCAGAACAUAAACUUAUCAUUCCACUUUGAGGUUGAGCAACAGGUGAAUGGUGUUUUCAUCAACUUUUUUGGUUUCAAUGGAACUGCUGGUGUAUGGAGGAUUAAAGCCCUUGAAGAGUGUGGUGGUUGGUUGGAACGGACAACUGUUGAAGACAUGGAUAUUGCUGUUCGAGCUCAUCUCUGUGGAUGGAAGUUCAUAUAUUUGAAUGACGUUAAGUGCCUUUGUGAACUUCCAGAGUCCUAUGAGGCUUACAAGAAACAGCAACAUCGCUGGCAUUCUGGUCCAAUGCAGUUGUUCCGCUUGUGUUUUGUCGACACACUUCGUGCAAAGGUGUCUUUUGGCAAGAAAGCAAACUUGAUAUUUCUUUUCUUCUUGCUAAGGAAGCUUAUCCUGCCUUUUUACUCCUUCACUCUCUUCUGCAUCAUUCUCCCACUUUCCAUGUUCCUACCAGAAGCAGAGCUACCAGCUUGGGUUGUUUGCUAUAUCCCUGGAUUGAUGUCUAUCUUGAAUAUUCUCCCAGCACCACGGUCAUUCCCGUUCAUCGUCCCAUACCUUCUGUUUGAGAACACCAUGUCCGUGACCAAAUUCAAUGCCAUGAUAUCCGGAUUGUUUCAACUAGGAAGUUCUUAUGAGUGGGUAGUCACAAAGAAAUUAGGAAGAUCGUCAGAGGCAGACCUAGUUGCAUUUGCUGAAAGGGAAUCUGACCCCUUGGUGGAAACUACAAAUCUCCACAGGUCUUGCUCGGAAUCAGGGCUGGAUGUGCUGAACAAGAUAGAAACAACCAAGAAAACUGGGAAAAAGAAAAGAAAUAGUUUGUAUAGGAAGGAACUUGCUCUGGCGUUGAUACUGUUGACUGCCUCGGUGAGAAGCUUGCUAUCGGCCCAAGGAAUUCACUUCUACUUCCUGUUAUUUCAAGGGAUAAGUUUUCUGGUUGUUGGUCUUGACUUGAUUGGAGAACAGGUGAGUUGACCGUCAUAUCGUGACAUCCAAGAUUGACGACUCUCCCCCAAAUAGCCUGUGACUGAAGCAAAUUAGAUACUACACUGUUCAGAACCGUAGACGUUAUUUCACAGUUGAUUGAAGCAGCCUAUUCGUCUGUUCUCGGCAAGGAUUUGUGUUCUGUUCAUUUAUUUAUUUUAAUUUCUCUUCUUUUGUGAGUAAAGGACCGCUGUAUUAUUGUGGCUGUCAUCUCAACGCUGGAGGUUAUUGAAGGUAAUCCCAGAGUGGUGGAUGGCACCGGGACACUCUAAAAUUAGUGCAGGGCAUCGAUUCUCCGCCCUGCUGCUUCAUUUCGGUGGCUUUUUGUGUCGUGGUGUAACGGAAACGUGCACUUGCGUGCCAAGAUGGAUGAAGCGGGCGUCAUUGGAUUGUCACAUUAUAUGUCGUUCUCAUUCUUUUUGAAGAUCGCUAUUUCAUAGAUUGUUUACCCACAAAUGUAAACUCGAAAGAUAUUAUCAUUUAGUGAAAUUUAUUUUAUGUUAAAGCUU